AGAGGCAGCAGCAGUCGCUCUGUGCCUCGGCUGCUGGACGCUGGGCUCGGGGUUAACGUGUUGCUGUAACCGGUCGGUUAUUUCCUCACACAUCAGGCUCGAGGAGUGCCAGGAAUCUGCUGAUAACGCCGUCGACGCCUGGACCCACCCUGUUGUUUGUUUUUAUACAAACUUUGAUGUUUUUUUUCUUCCCGUUUUUGCGCCCAUAAGGAGGAGGCAGCUUUCGGUUUUUCUGACGGUUAUUCCUGCUGGAAUGGCCAUUGUGUUCCUGGACAGAGGAUGUUGCUAUCUGUGUGUUUUUUCCUGAGCUGCGUUGCGCAGGUUGGAUUUUAGGGCUGAGAGUUGAGUUAGAUUUUGAUGUCUGGACAUUUAUUCUGCAGAACGAAGAUCCUGAAGCUUAACUUUCCUCUCUGGAUGUGAGACUUUGAGCCAUGUUGCUCUUUCUGCUUCUGUUGCUGAAUUUCUGCAUCCAAACCUCGGGACAACAACAGACCCCUCCUCCAGGUCGCUGUGAUGUUCCUCAGAGGAUCGACGUCUACACAGACUGCACCUCCUGCGCCGCCUCCAUCACCGCCGGCUGCCCCCGCGGCUUCACAAAGCUCCACACCACCAACUGCAGUUACGUGGUGCAGAUCGGCGGCAGGGAGGUGGAGCUGGAGGGAUGUCAUCACCUAUGUGUGAGGAGCUUCCUGCAUCCACAGUGCUGCCCGGACCACUGGGGGCCCCUGUGUCUCUCGUGUCCCAGCUGGUCAGGAAGGACCUGCAACUUCAACGGCGCCUGUGUGGACGGAGACGUCGGCAACGGCACCUGCAUCUGUGAUGAGGGUUUCACCGGCUUUGCUUGUCAGGAAUGCAAAAAUCCGAAUGCAUUUGGGAAAAAGUGUGAAAAAGUGUGUGACUGCGAGCACGGCGUGUGCAACAAAGGUCCAGACGGCGACGGGCAGUGUCUGUGUCAGCCGCCGUACGCCGGGACGCGCUGUGACCAAGUCAGCAGUGGGUGCCGUGGCUGCAGCUCCUUCUCGUACUGCAAAGGAGAAGAACCAGAUGCAGGCUGCGACUGUUUGCCCGGCUACCGGAAGAUGAAGGACAACCGGUGUUUGGUUUCGUGCUCUCAGAGAGACUGUGACGCCAACGCCCAGUGCUCCACGCAGGCCACAAACAUCCGGUGCACCUGCAAACCCGGCUACGAGGGGGACGGCAGGAUCUGCGUACCUAAGAACCCCUGCCUGGAGAACAACGGCGGCUGCCCCCUCAACUCCACCGUGUGUGUCUUCAAAGGACCCAACAAGGCCAGCUGUGAGUGCAUGUCGGGCAUGUCGCCUGUAGGGGGCGGCCCUGAGAACGGCUGCCGGCUGGUCUCUGCCUGCUCACCGGACACCUGCGACCCCACCGCCGUCUGCCAGACACAGCUGGACGGGAAAGCCAGGUGUGUGUGCGAGCCGGGCCAGAUCGGAGACGGACGGCGCUGCUACGGGAACCUGAUGGAGCGUCUGAUGGAGCUGGACUCCAGAGGAAACCAGAGAGAGAAUCUGACCGGAGCCGUCGCCUUGUUUGAGAGGGGCUGUUCGAUGAUUCUGGGCCAUUCUGGACCCUUCACAGCUUUCUUCCCGGUGCUGAAACAACCUCUGAGUGGGGUCGAUGAGGAGGCGGUGUGCAAAAACCACCUGAUCCUGGGUCAGCACCUCUACAAAGAUCUGGAGGGACGAGACUUUAACCUCUACGGCGGAGAAAAGAUGAGAGUCAAAGUGAAUCAGAAGUUCAUCCUGAUGAGCAACCCUACCAAGCUCUACACGAUCAUCCAGGCCGACCUGGCAGCAGCCAAUGGCAUCAUCCACAUCAUCGACCGGCCAAUCACAAGCGGCGCUCCUGGCAGGCCGUCUCGGGACGAACGGUUUGCCGACCUGACGAUCGGGGAGAUUCUGAGAAAAGAUGGAAGAUUUAACCGCUUCCUGUCUCUGGUUGAUAACUGUGGUUCUCCUCCUCCUCUCCGGGGACCAGGACCCCUCACUGUGUUCGUCCCCACCAACGACGCGGUGGACCGGGCCCGAGACGGCAGCAUCCUGUACAUGCUGAACGAUGCCAAAGGGAAACUCCAGGAGCUGCUCAGACACCACGUCUUCUCCCACGCUGUGUUAACAGUCGAUGAGUUGGCCAACCUUCCUCUCAUCCGGACCAUGGCGGAUCAGGCGCUCACCAUCUCGGUUUCUGACGACGGGGCCAUCCUGCUGGGGGAGAAACGGGUCCGGCUGGCCAGCGCCAACAUCAUGGCGUCCAACGGCGUCGUCCACCUGAUCGACGGGCUGCUGUUCCCGCCCUCCAUCCUGCCCAUCCUGCCUCACCGCUGCGACGUCACCCAGAGCAAAAUCACUGUGGGUCCGUGUGUUCACUGCAGUUACCUCUAUGAGACCCAGUGUCCUGAGGGCAGCGUUGAAAUGGACACUCACCAGAUCGGAUGUGAGUACGCAAACCUUCCUUUCGGACAAACUUACAACAAAGGCUGCGCCAAAUACUGCAACGCCACCAAGCAGGUGGCUGAAUGCUGCAAAGGUUUCUACGGUCCGGACUGUAAGCCGUGCAUCGGAGGGUUCCAGCAUCCCUGCUACGACAAGGGAACGUGUAUGGACGGAUUCCACGGUAACGGGUCGUGCAGCUGUCAUCCGGGGUUCAAAGGACUGGCCUGUCACAUCUGCUCAGACCCGUCCAAACACGGAGACAACUGCGACGAAGAGUGCCGCUGCGUUCACGGCGUGUGUGAUAACCGGCCCGGCAGCGGCGGACUCUGCCGCAGAGGGUCGUGUCUGGAGGGAUUCUCCGGGGAUUAUUGUGACAAGAAGGCCACGCCCUGCAACGUAGAUGGCCUCCUGGCCCACUGCCACAUCCACGCCUACUGUACGCACACCGGACUGGAUUACAAGUGUUUGUGCCGGGACGGAUAUGAAGGCGACGGCCACUCCUGUUCUCCCAUCAACCUCUGCCUGAAGAGCAACCGCGGCGGCUGUGACGCCAACGCGGAGUGCGUCUACCUGGGUCCAGGUAACGUGUCGUGUGUGUGCGCCGAGGGAUGGACCGGUGACGGGAAAGUCUGCGUGGAGAUGAACAACUGUCAGCUGGAAGGCCGAGGAGGCUGCAGCCCCAACGCCGACUGCAACCACAUCGGACCGGGACAGAGCGAGUGCGUCUGUAAAUCUGGCUACAUGGGAGACGGGAAGGUGUGCGACCUCAUCAACCCCUGCCAGAAAAACAAUGGAGGCUGCCAUGAACUGGCCGUGUGUAAGCUGAAGGAUGACGGCGUUCACACCUGCACCUGUGCGGACGGCUACGCUGGCGACGGGAACCUGUGCUACGGGUCGUUAAUGGAUGAGCUGGACUUGGACAACAGGCACUCCAACUUCUACUACCUGAUUCAGAAGUCCAGAGACUCUUUGGAGGAUCUGAGCGGGAACGUCACCGUCUUGGCUCCUUCCCGAGAAGCUAUGUGGAACAUGAGCAAAGAUGAGAAGUCGUUCUGGACCAGCCGGCACCGCCUGCCUCACUGGCUGAGGGCCCACAUCCUACCGGGGGUUUACAGCGUGGAGGACCUGUACCGUCUGGUGGGACGCAGGGUGCCCACUCUGCUCCCCGACACCCAGUGGGAGGUCAGGAACGUCAGUAGGAUUCUCCAGAUUGGAAACGCCUCCAUCAUCACUCGCAACCUGCCCGCCACCAACGGCUACAUCCACGUCAUAAACCGGGUUCUGACGCCCCCCCGCUCCGCCCUUCCUCCUGAACCGCCCUCUGUGAUGGCCUUCCUGAACUCCUCCUCCAGCUUCACUCUCUUCAGGCGCUACGCUCUGACGUACAACCUGUCCGGGCAUCUCGGCCAACUGGACUUUACUCUCCUGUUGCCGACUGACGAGGCUGUCAGGAACCACCUCAGCAGGACAAACUCGUCGGUUCUGGACCUGGAUGUGUUUCAGUACCACGUGAUUCCCAAAGAGCUGCUGUUUCCUGACCGGCUGCACGACGGCCUGUUGAAGAGCACCCUGCUGGGCCCAGACUACCAGGUCCAGUUCCACCUGACCGACAUCAACCAGACUGCUGUUAACGGAGUUCCUCUCAACGGCACCUUCAUCGAGACGCAGCACGGCGUCAUCCUCAUCCUGCCGCAGGUCCUCCAAAUUCGACGCAACCGCUGCAGUAAGCAGUUCUUGCUACAGGUCAGAGGAAGGUGUUCAGACUGUGAGGGACCUCCUCAGUGCCUCUUUACGUACCGUCCAAUCAGGGAGCAGUUUCCUGCCAACAUGAAGUCCAACUGUCACUACUUGAAGCGGGUUGGAACCAGGAGGAAGUCUGUGCCCGGCUGCACCAUAAAAUGCCUGAAAGAGAUGACGGAUCACUCCUGUUGCCCCGGUUUCUACGGCCACGAGUGCUUUAAAUGCCCCGGAGACGCCGGCAGCCCGUGCUCCAAUCACGGCCAGUGCCAGGACGGUAACCAGGGCAACGGGGAGUGCCGUUGCUACGAGGGUUUCCACGGCACCGCCUGCGAGGACUGCGAGCCGGGACGCUACGGAGUCAACUGCUCCUCCAAGUGUUCAUGCGACCACGGCAAGUGUGACGACGGUCUGGCAGGAAGCGGCAGGUGCCUGUGCUACAAAGGUUGGAAAGGAGCUUCCUGCUCUGUAGAGAUCAAGGAUGACGCCUGUGGAGGUGUGUGUGAUGAGAACGCCAACUGUGUAACGGGACCACAGGGAUCGGCUGCUGUGUGCGUUUGUGUCGCCGGUUAUGAGGGAAACGGAACCUCCUGCCGAGAGCUGGAUCUGUGCAGCCGCUCCAACGGGGGAUGCUCAGAGUUCGCCGUCUGUACCAAGGUCUCUGCUGGAGAGAGAACCUGCACCUGCAGAGAGGGUUACACCGGGGACGGAGUCGUCUGUCUGGAAAUUGACGGCUGUCUGGUCAACAACGGCGGCUGCCACAGAGCGGCGGAGUGCAUCAGAACCGGACCGAACCUCACAGCCUGCAGGUGUCAGAUGGGCUUCCAGGGAUCAGGGAGGGUCUGCUUCCCGGUCAACCCCUGCAGAACCGACAACGGCGGCUGCAGUAAAUACGCCCUCUGCGAGUACGCCGGUCAGGGCCAGAGGAACUGCACCUGUCGCAGGGGCCACAUAGGGGACGGCUUCGACUGCAGGGGGACCACCAACAACGAGCUGUUCCGGCAGUCGGAGAACGACUUCUUUCGCAAAAUGAUGACGAUGUCUGAGGCUCCGGGACUCUACGGCGAUGGACCCUACACCGUCUUCGUACCUCUCCAGGAAACCAACAACGAAUCCAUUAUCGACGAGUGGAAGAGUUCGGGCCGCCUGGAGCAUUUGGUCCGGUACCACAUCGUGUCCUGUGAGAUUCUGACCUUAAGUGACCUCAAAACCACCAAGAGCGUGGUCUCGAUUUCAGGAUACACUCUAGAGUUCAGCGUGAAGGAGGGCUCGGUCUGGAUCAACGGCAGGUCGGUGAUCGUGAAGAGCGACUACACCACCAGUAACGGAGUCAUCCACCACAUCAACACGCUGCUGACGCCCUACAGCCUGCAGGACAAACCGCGGCUGGAAUACAAAACGAUGAACUUCAGCACUGCAGCUACGGUUUAUGGCUACAGACAGUUUUAUAAACUCAUUGAGGUCACAGGCGUUCUCCCAAUGCUCCAGAUGUCCAUCCACCAGCCUUUCACCAUCUUCUGGCCCACUGACAAGGUCCUGGAAUCGCUGCCACUUGAAAGGCAGCUUUGGCUCGCCCAUCCGGACCACCAGGACCGGGUGGCUGCUACCGUCAAGGCUCACAUCGUCCGCAAUUCCAGGCUGACAGGUGUCAGUCAGCCAGGUAAAUCCACGUCCUUCCGGACCAUGCAUGGGUCGACCAUCAAGCUGAGCUGUGACCAGACGCUGGUGGGGUCCGUGUUGAUCAACCAGAACGCCGCCAGGCUGGUGGAGCGCUUCAUGGCCUUCAAAGAGGGUCUGGGAUUCGGGAUCGACCAGCUCCUGGAGCCGCCUGGACUGGGAGCGUUCUGUGACAGCGUGCAGAACAAAACCACCUACGGCCGCUGUGGGAGCUGCCUUUUCCCUCCAUCUUGCCCCCUCAGGCAUGUCGACACGGGCAGGACCAUGAGUUGCUUGCGGUAUCGCUCCAGAUACCGAAGCAGCUACUCGCACUGGUACGGUGGCCUGGAUGGCAUUGGCAGCAGGAGGGGCUGCAAGAGAAUUUGUCAGUUUCCUUCCUGGGUCCAGAAGUGCUGCAAAAACCACUACGGCAGAGACUGCCAGGCGUGUCCAGGUGGCGUUGAAAACCCCUGCAGCGGUCAUGGAAACUGUGACGAUGACGUUUCUGGUUCAGGAGCCUGUAAAUGCUACAAAGGAUUCACAGGGAGGUCCUGUGAGCUCUGUGCCCGCGGUUACUACGGCACCAACUGCACAGCCUGCAGCUGUGUGAAGGGGAGCUGCAGCGACGGCAUGGACGGGACCGGGCAGUGCGACUGCCAGCCGGGCUGGGAGGGAGAUCAGUGCCAGAACAACAUAGGCUCCGUCUCUGAGGCGUGCCGGCGGUGCCACGCCCAGGCCCAGUGUGUGUCCGGCGUCAGCUGCCAGUGUAAACCUGGAUUUGAGGGCAACGGUACUUUCUGCAGCCCGGUUCCACCUCCAGACCUCUGCUCCGAAUACAACGGCGGAUGUGACCUCAACGCCGACUGCAACCAGACGGGGCUUGUCGUCAACUGCACCUGCCGCGCGGCUUACCGAGGAGACGGCUUCUCCUGCGAGCCGAUCAACAGAUGUGUUGAGGAGCCGAACGGUGGCUGCAGUGACCUCGCUUCCUGCAGGUUCACUGGACCGAAUGAGCGGAGGUGUGAGUGCCUGCCGGGGUACGUGGGUAAUGGAGUCCAGUGUCUAGAACGGGUGGUGCCCCCUGUUGACCGCUGCCUGGAGGCGAAUGGAGACUGCGACCCCGUGGCCACCUGCAAGGACCUCCAUUACCAUGCCAACACAGCUGGAGUGUUCCACCUUCGCUCCCCGGACGGGAGGUACCAGAUGAACUUCACCCAGGCAGACGCCGCCUGCCAGGCUGAGGAAGCCACUCUGGCUACGUUUAAACAGCUGGGAGACGCUCAGCAGCUCGGGAUGCAUUUGUGUGCCGCCGGCUGGAUCGAAGGAGCCAGGGUGGGCUAUCCGAUCCGCUUCCCCUCCACCAACUGUGGCGACAACCAUGUGGGUGUGGUCAUGUACAAAGACCCGGUGGACCAGAGCAGCAAGUACGACGCCUACUGCUACAGGCUCAGAGACGUGUCGUGUUCGUGUCCUGAAGGAUACGUUGGAAACGGGGACUUCUGUAACGGCGUCCUGACCAGCGUCUUGGCAACAAACGCCAACUUCUCCAUCUUCUACAAGUUGCUGUUGGACUACAGCGGCUCGUCCUCUGAGGGCAGGCAGCUCAUCGACGUGCUGGAUCACAGGAAGUCUGACGUCACUCUGUUUGUUCCUCAUAACUCCGGAUUCACUGAGAACCAGACUCUUUCCGGAAGAGAUCUAGAGUACCACAUCUCGACCAAUCACAGCAGACGACCAUUUAAGGAUCUAAGUCUCCAGGAAGUCAUCACGUCGAGGCUUGGGUUCAAUCUGACUGUUACCUACGGCAACAACGAGAGCUGUAAACUGGUGAACCGGCGGCUGCUGCUGGAAUGGGACAUCCCCGCCGUGAACGGCAUCAUCCACGUCCUGGAGGCGCCGCUGACGGCCCCCGCGCCCCCGGUUAUCCACAGCAGCUCCAGAGGCCACGCCCACUCCAGUGGCAUAGCGGCGGCCAUAUUGGUUUCCCUCUUGGCUUGUGUGUUGGCGGCUCUGGGAUACUACGUCUUCAGGCACAAGAUGGACGCCUUCCGCUUCCACUACUUCAAAAACGAGGAUGAAGAUGCUGCUGCAGGCGGACCGCCCAAACCAACGCUGCUCUCCAUCCCUAAUCCUCUGUACAGCGGCUCCAGAGCCUUCGCCGAGCCCUUCGGGGACACAAGUUCUGCAGCAGAACCGGCUGAGCCCGAAGAACCUUCAAAGAUCCUGGACUUGGACCAGUGAGACCAGUUUACCGGCAUGUUCUGAAAACAGCCGACUCAGAUUCUUCACAAAGAAAAUAAAGAUGUUGACCAAAAAAA